GGCAGAUGACCACCAGCAGCAGGACGGGGAGCCCGCUUUCCCAGGGAAAGGCUCUCCCGUUCCCGCUGACUCCCGCAAUUCCUAUUUCAGGCCCCAGUUCCCGUUCGGGAGCCCGCCCCCGCGCGCAUGCGCGCCUCCGCGCGGCGCGGGAGGGGCGGGGGAGCCGGCCAGGGGGCAGGCGCGUGCGGCGGCGCGUGCGCGUGCCCGCGGGCGGCGGAGCCGUCGGGAUGUCGCGUUACGGCCGCUAUGGAGGCGAGACCAAGGUGUACGUGGGGAACCUGGGCACGGGCGCCGGCAAAGGCGAGCUGGAGAGAGCCUUCAGCUACUACGGACCGCUGAGAACCGUGUGGAUCGCCAGGAACCCGCCGGGGUUCGCCUUCGUGGAGUUCGAAGACCCCCGGGAUGCUGAAGAUGCUGUCCGCGGACUUGACGGGAAGGUGAUCUGCGGCUCCAGGGUCCGAGUGGAAGUAUCCACAGGGAUGCCGCGCCGCUCCCGCUACGACCGGCCGCCUGCCCGGCGCCCCUUCGACCCCAACGACAGAUGCUACGAGUGUGGUGAGAAAGGCCACUAUGCCUAUGACUGUCACCGCUAUAGCCGGCGAAGGAGGAGCAGGUCCCGGUCCAGAUCCCGCUCGAGGUCCCGAGGAAGAAGAUAUUCCCGGUCACGCAGCCGCAGCCGUGGUAGGAGGUCCAGGUCAGCUUCCUAUCGUAGGUCCAGGUCCGUGUCUCCUCGUAGGUCCAGGUCUGUGUCUCCCCGCCGGUCGCGGUCGGCUUCCUUGAAGAGAUCAAGGUCUAGAUCACGAUCCAGAUCUAGAUCCAGAUCUGUUACAUGGCCCCGAAGCAGGUCUAGGUCUCAUGGCAGAUCAAAGUCUGGCUCGCCAGCCAAGAGCCGGUCGAAGUCCCGGUCGCCGUCUCCAAAGAGAAGCCGUUCACCAUCAGGAAGCCCUCAACGAAGUGCAAGUCCUGAAAGAAUGGAUUAAAGUUAUGAAGUUAAUCUUUUAGGAAGAAAGUUAUUUUGCUUACAUUAUUAUAAGGGAUUCUGUGGUGUCUUUGUAAAUGUAAGAAUGUAGAUAGAAGAGUAUAUCAACUAAAAUUUGGCAUGAUCUGGGUCUUCUGAGUUAGUCACACCAAUAGACUAGCACAGGUCUCUUUUUAUUGUAUGAAUUAACUUCCUGUGAUACAAAAAUGUGGGACUUUUUUAUUGGCACAUUGAAAUAAAAUGUGUAUUUUUAACUAAAA